AUUUUGGAAAUCACUAAUUUAAAUUUUGUGGAUUUUGAAGCUGUUGUAAGACAGUGUCUGUCAUCUCUAAUGUCAGGUUUAAAGGUUUUGUCUUCAUCAGAAUAGCUCCAUUGUUCUCAAUAAUUGCCUAGCUAACAAGUAAACUUUUGAAUUAAUGACAUAACUUGGUAUUAAUGAAAUAUUAUGUUUUUUAAUGUUACAUGUUGAGUCUUGACAAAAGAUAUGAUUUGCAAGUAGGAUUUUGCUCUUAGAAACUGUUGGAAAACCCAGUGAGUCCUUGGCCUUUUUCUGGGUCACACCUGACAGCUGAAGCCUUCUGUGGGGGAGCCCCCAUGGCCACGUCCACCCAUGUGUUGGCUCUAAUGGCCUAAGUUGUCUCUGAAUGGGUCAUAAGCCAGGGCUAAAAGGUAAACAUCAGGAAAUAGGCAAGUCAUAAACACACACACACACACACACACACACACAUACACACACACAUUACUUCUUUACAUGCAUCCCAGUGUAUGAACAUACACACAUAUGAACUUCAUAGUGGACAUUGUCUGGCUGCUCAGAAGAAAGAUCCCAAUGACAAUGAUGAUGAUGAUGAUGAUUAUAGGACCAUAGUUAGCAUUCAUUGAGGGCUAAACACAUACUAGGCAAUCUUCUAAGUGCUUCACAUGUGGUGCUCAUCUAAUCCUCACAGACUCUAUAAAGUAGGCACUAUUAUUGUCUCAAUUUCACAGAGGAAAAAACUGAGGCAGAGAGGAUUAAGUAGUGUGCCUGUGUUCACAGAGCUACACCUAUAAGUAAGCAGGUGGGCUGGAGUCCAAACCCAGGAGCAUGGCCCAGACCUCGUAUUCCUCACUCCCAAGCUGUAGCUGUAUUGCCUCCCAGACACUCAGGUGAGCAUGUGAUUGAGGCUGGAAGUCCUCCGAUACUCUCUUAGACACAGUGAAAACCCUUUCACUAAGGGGUGUCUUCCUAAAGAGGUUUCUGGCUAGCAUUCUGAAGCAGUUCAAUAACAAAUUUACAUUAAACAUUUGUGUUUUUACUUCGAUGAUGAGUUAAGAAAGUGAAUGUAAAUAUAUUCUGGAUCAUUAGGAUAACUACCUUAUAACCAAACAACUAUAACCAUAAGAAGUUACAUGUAAUUUUAUAUUCAGAAAUAUUUAAAACUCAAUAAUAAUAACUGAAGCUCAAUACCAGGCUCCACAUAUUUUUUUCCCUUUAAAAGUGGUCUAUAUGUUACUUAAAUUUGAUUCACCCUAUUCUUGUUCUAGAAAUGAAGUGACCACCUCUUUCAGAAUAUACAGCAACUGCCUCCACAUAAAGCAGUGCCAGGUUUAGGAGAUUUACGGUAGAGCCAUGUUUCCUAGGAGGUCAGUACAAAAAGCCAGACUUCUACCGGCAGUUUCUGGGAGAGAUAAGCUUUCCAUCCAUGGUAGAGGUUAAUUUUUUCUCUAGGAAAUGUUUAUAAUAGAAAAGGCUCACUUGGGAUAUUUAUCAGCUUCUCCUGUCCCUCUGCUGUUUGGUAGAAUUGACCACAGAGAAGGAUAAAAUGAGCUGGUUACCUCAGGAUCAUGGCAAACCUGGAAUCAAGGCUCAAGAAUGCCCCCUAUUUUCGUUGUGAGAAGGGAAACGAUUCUGUCCCCGUGUGCCAGCGGUGUGACACAUGCGUCUUGGCUCGGAAGAUCUUCUUUACCAAAGAGUGGUUCCAAAGGAUCGGAGAGAUAUCUCAGAGGAGGUUUCUAGUUAGCAUCCUGGAACACUUAGAUAGUUUAUAUUUGUUACACUAUUUCCAAACUAUCCUUCAGACCACACAGGGGAAGGAUUUCAUCUAUAACAGGUCCAGGAUCAACCUCAGCAAGAAGGAGGGGAAAAUUGUGAAGUCCUCCUUGAACCAGAUGUUGGAUAAAACAGUAGAACAGAAGAUGAGAGAGGUAUUGUGCUGGUUUGGGACCACCACCCACAAGACUAAGGUGAAGUAUACACUCUUGCUGCUGCAGAUGUGUGACCCCAAGUUACUGCUCACGGCCGCUGCUGUCAUCAGGGUCCUGUUUCAGAGAAAGCACAACAAUAUUUCAGGGCUCAAUCAAGAUUCCAACCAUAUUUUCUUCCCUGAAAAAGACUACAGCCGCCAGUUUGAUACUUCACAUGUCUACUGGGCUGCCAGAAACAAGAACACAUCCUUCCCUUUGUUCAAAAUUUCGGGAAAAGAAAGUGCGUUUGAAAAGGUUGGGAGGGAAGCAUUGAAUACUGAGGGACAAUGGAAGUGUUCGCUCCAGUGUAUUUCUGAGAUGAAUAGGCUAUUUCCCCAAAAAGCAGACAUGCACAAGACAGGGUGCACCCCCUCCGAUCUGUUGGUUGACCUGGAUGCUGUCAGAGACCUAUCUUCUGGAGUCAGCAAAUACCGGGACUUUAUCCGUCACCUGCCCAUCCACCUCUCCAAGUAUAUUCUAAGUAUGCUUGAUAAAAGCAGCCUGCACAGAUGCACCUCUGUGAGCCAGCACUGGGCCUCACUGGCACAGCAAGUCAAGAUGGACCUAUCUAUGCACACGUUCAUCCAGAACCAGAUUAUCUUACUGCAGGGGUCCUACACAAGGGGAAUAGAUCCUAAUUACGCCAACAAGCUUUAUAUCCCAGUUCCUAAAAUGACAGAGGAUGGAAAGCGCAUGCGUGUGAAAAAUCAGAAAUGGAAAUUGAGAACAAAGAAUGACUACAACCUGUGGACAGCAUACCAGAACCAGGAAACGCAGCAGGUCCAGAUGGAGGAGAGAAAUGUCUUCUGUGGGACUUAUAACAUCCGUAUUCUUUCUGAUACGUGGGACAGAAACAGAAUCAUCCACUAUUCUGGGGGAUAUAUGGUAGCUGUGUCAUCCAAUCGGAAGAUCCAGCUCCUGGACAUCCUACAAGUGAAGGAGGUACCCGUUGCGUUCCGGGGCCACGCUGGCAGUGUCCGUGCCCUGUUCUUGUGUGAGCAGGAGAACUUCCUUCUGAGCGGCAGUUACGACCUGAGUAUCAGAUACUGGGAUCUGAAAAGUGGGGCUUGUGUACGAAUCUUCAAUGGCCACCAGGGGACAGUCACGUGCAUGGAUUUAUAUAAGAACAGGCUUGUAUCUGGAGCAAGAGAUUGCCAGGUGAAAGAGUGGGAUGUAGAGACAGGGAAGUGUCUGAAGACGUUUAAACACAAAGACCCCAUCUUGGCCACCAGAAUCAAUGACACCUACAUUGUGAGCAGCUGUGAGCGAGGGAUAGUCAAAGUGUGGCACAUCGCCAUGGCUCAGCUGGUAAAGACUCUCAGCGGCCACGAGGGAGCUGUGAAGUGCCUGUGCUUUGAUGAGUGGCACCUCCUCUCAGGAAGUGCCGACGGCCUGGUCAUGGCCUGGAGCAUGGUGGGCAAGUACGAGCGAUGCCUCAUGGCCUACAAGCACCCCAAGGAGGUGCUGCAUGUGGCCCUUCUCUUCCUCCGGGUCAUCAGUGCCUGUGCAGAUGGCAAGAUUCGCAUCUACAAUUUCUUAAACGGGAACUGUCUGAAAGUGAUGAAAGCCAACGGCAGAGGUGACCCUGUGCUGUCCUUCUUUAUUCAGGGCAACAGGAUGUUGGUCAACACGGAGAGCAAUAUUCUCAUGUUCCAGUUUGAGAAUAUAAAGUGGCAGUACUCCCAGGAACGGACCAAACAAAAGAAGAACAAGGACAGAGAGGAGGACAAGGAAGAAAACAGCCUCACAGAAGUCCUCUCCAAGGCUAGCACUCAGGUGUACAGCCUGAAGGGCUCCACAUCCAGUAAACAGGUGGUGGCCCAGGAGUCCCUGCUAAGUAAACCUCACAGGUCUCGCAUUCAGCUGAGGACAGUCAAGCUACCAACAGCAGUGUCCACAGAAGCACUUCACAGUCAAGGAAAGUCAACAUCACCUCGAAGAGACACCAAGAAGGGAGCGAGUCCUGUUUCUAAGGAAGCAAAUGGCUUGGAUGAUGAGCAGGAGAGUUUGGAAGCAAAAUCCCUCAAAGGAGAUAAGAUGAAUGACGAUGUAGAGAAAGUACCAAAACAAGAACAACUGGAAACUCCUGGAGACCUGACCAGUCACUUACACAAAAAGUCCUGGCAAAUCUCUAUGUUGCCAGAUGGGUUCCUCCUGACCAUUAAUGCCCUCCAGCAAGCCCAUAAUUCAGGGGAGUUUGCCUAUCCCCGUAGGCCUCAGACCCAAGUCAUUGAUACCUGGGUACCUUCAAUUUCGCACCCAAGGAAGGUCCUUAGUUUCAAGGGAAAAUCAGUCCAACAUGAAGUUCAUAGGUUGAGAGCCAGCCACCCUCCCAUAGAUGUGAAACAAACAAGUAUUCCCCUUGAAAUCCAGAAACUGCAGCCUAACCUGAAGAAGUCUUUGCACAGUCCCCGAGUCCAGUCUACCAUACCCCAGCCCAUGAUUAUCCACACCAGGCUUGCUGGCAGCUUAAGGGGUGAAGACCGAGCAACCAGUUCAACUGACAGGACAGUGCAUAGCGUUGGUCCCUUAACCAGCCUGCAGGUCAUUAAGCCAAACCGCAUGCUGCCUCCACCAGUAAGCACAACAGCCCACUCUGUCAAGAAAGAACGGCCUCAUUUCUACACGGCCCUCAAUCCUUUUAGAGUGAACACUGAAUUCAUGCUGUUGACCGUGAGGGAGGAGAAAAAGUAUGAGGAAGCGAAGAUGAAAGAAUAUCAGUCCAGAAAGCCCACUGAAGUGGUCAAUCCAGAAAAAGCCAGCAAAGCUGCUUGGAUCAGGAAGAUCAAAGGCCUGCCUAUAGAUAAUUACAUGAAGCAAGGGAAAACAGCAGCCCCUGAACUUGGUCCAAAUGUAUUUAUCUGAACCACCCAUGGGAAAUUACAAUGUCUUGCAAUAAAAAGGAAACUGACUGGA